UUCCACAUUACCGGGAGCCGUGGGGAGGCCGCCCGGCCAUUGGCGGAGGGCACGUCACGUGGGCGGGGUUCACGUGGUCAGGAGAGGAAAAAGGGGGUCCUUUUUGGUGUAAAUCUGGACUAAUUCUGUAAUAUAUCAAGGAAUCUCGUAAAACCGACACUAAAACGUCCCUGCCUACAAAUCAUCCGGGCCAAAUUAUGAGUUCAUUGUAUUAUGCGAAUGCUUUAUUUUCUAAAUAUCCAGCCGCAAGUUCGGUUUUCGCCACCGGAGCCUUCCCUGAACAAACUUCUUGCGCGUUUGCUUCCAACCAGCGCCCGGGCUAUGGAGCGGGUUCGGGCGCUUCCUUCGCCGCCUCGAUGCAGGGCUUGUACCCCGGCGGGGGGGGCAUGGCGGGCCAGAGUGCAGCCGGCGUCUACGCGGCCGGCUACGGGCUCGAGCCGAGUUCCUUCAACAUGCACUGCGCGCCCUUUGAGCAGAACCUACCGGGGUGUGUCCCGGCGGACUCCGCCAAGGCGGCGGGCGCCAAGGAGCAGAGGGACUCGGACUUGGCGGCCGAGAGUAACUUCCGGAUCUACCCCUGGAUGCGAAGCUCAGGGACUGACCGAAAGCGAGGGCGCCAGACCUACACCCGCUACCAGACCCUGGAACUGGAGAAGGAGUUUCACUACAAUCGCUACCUGACCCGCCGGAGGCGCAUCGAGAUCGCGCACGCGCUCUGCCUCACCGAAAGACAGAUCAAGAUCUGGUUCCAGAACCGGCGCAUGAAAUGGAAAAAGGAGAACAAGACGGCGGGUCCUGGGGCCACAGGCCAGGACAAGGCCGAGGUGGAGGAGGACGAGGAAGAGUGAGAGCCGGAGAAAGGGCAGAGGAAGAGAGCUGAGACAGGGAGAGAGGUGAAGCCCAGCUCUGAGAACUGAUCCAGGAAACUCAAAUUAAAUCGGGAGGGGGAAAACUAUUUAAAUAGUGGAAGGCAGUUGAAAAGUUUUUAAGGAGAGAAGGUGAAAUUUUGGUUUCUUAACACUGAAAAAAAAAUACUACCUAUAGAAACGUCCGUCGGGUUUGUUUUGUACGAUAUGAGGACAUCAUCUACCUGUUCUGUAGCUUUCUGGGAUUUGCCGCCCCUUUUCUAUGUCGCUAUUGUAAGGUCUUUGUAAAAUCCUGCUGUUUUGUAAACCCCUUUCUUUGACGCUGUCUUUGUGGUCUGUGGGUCUGGACUUACAGUGUGUGGUUUCCGUCCUCCUGAGCCCCCCUGACUUCCCAGUAGCGGCACUGAAGGGGCCUUAGGGAGCCCCAUGGACCCACCGACUAGCUCAAGUGUCCCCUCUGUGCACCUGGCCUGCCCGAUGCUCCUUGUUCCCAUGAGCCCCCGUGAUCCUCUUUACGUUGUAUGUGUACCUGAAGGAUGGAGAAAUAAAACACAAUUUAAAAAUGAA